AUGAGGACGAUAUUCAGAGCGCAUGACCUUUGGAAGCUGGUGGAGAAGGGUUUCGAGGUGCCAGAAGACGAAGACUCUCUCACCUUGGCGGAGCAGAAGACAUUAAAUCUUAACUACAUGAGGGAUGCCAAAGCCCUCGGGUUGAUCCAAAAUGCCGUCUCCGACUCCAUCUUCCCCAGGAUCUCCAACGAGGAGACAGCAAAGGCGGCGUGGGACAUUCUCCAAGAAGAGUACCAUGGAAGUGAAAAGGUACGGGCGGUUAAGCUUCAAACUAUUAGAAAAGAGUUUGAGCAAAUCUCUAUGAGAGUAGAAGAAAGACUCGAUGAUUUUCUUACUAGAUUCACCAAUGUUAUAAAUCAAUUAAAAACAUAUGGUGAAGAUGUAACAAAUCAAAGAGUAGUUCAAAAAAUUCUUAUUUCUCUCUCUAGUAGAUAUGACCCCAUUGUAAGUGUGAUAGAAGAAACAAAAGAUAUGGAGAAGCUUUCAUUACAAGAGGCAAUCGCAUCCAUCAAGGCGUUUGACCAAAAUCUUGAGAAGAGGAAUGAAGCUUCUACCAUGGAGAGAGCCUUCCAAAGCUUCAACAUGAGCUCAAAUCAACAACAGAGCCAGAAGCAAAAGAAGAAGAAGAAAGGAGGCAAGCCCAAUUUUGAUCCAAAGCCUCAACAACAACAAAAAAGUGGCAACUCACAACAAGGUAGCAAAUCCACAUGUAGAACUUGCGGCAAGUCUCACCAAGGGAAGUGCUGGUUCGAGGGGAAGCCCAAGUGCACCAACUGCUCCAGAUUUGGGCAAACCAAAGAGCAGUGCAGGACUCAAGGAAAUCAAAACCAAAACUGCCGGCAAGUCUUUGCAAACCAAGAAGAGGACGGCAAAGGUAAUGUUUUCUUUGCUUGUCAUGGAGGAAAAGAUAGUGAUGGUAGUCUUUGGUAUAUUGAAAAUGGUUGUAGUAACCACAUGACCGCGAACCGGUCACUGUUGAUAGACUUAGACAUAUCCUAUCUUGGUAGUGUAAAGAUGGGAAAUGGGAAUAUUGUAAAAUCUGAAGGAAAGGGUAUCUUGGCUGUAAAUACAAAAAAAGGAAAAAGAUACAUCAAGGAUGUAAUGCUUGUACCGGGUCUAGAGGAAAAUCUGUUAAGUGUAGAUCAAAUGCUCCUUAAUGGUUAUUUUCUAAUUUUUGGUGAUCAAGCAGUGAAGAUCUAUGAUGAUAGGAGUUUUAACAACUUGGUGGCAAAGUCAAGAUGCAACCCAACAGAAGUUUUCCUCUCUCACUGCACUACUGGAACACUCAAGCUCUAA